AUGGCCAAGUACGUACCGCAUCUCUUGGAAAUUGAGAUUUCGGAGGCAGGCCCUGCUGGCCCAGUACUCGAAGUGCCGGGGUCCCGCUACAAGACUCGAAAAUGGUCUAGCGUGUCCGGCGGUAAAAGGCUGGCGGCCUGGCGCUGCCCCCAGCGGAACUCUGAGGAGAUCCAACCUGAACCUGUCCAAGCCUAG